AUGGAACAUAACAAAGUGGUGAAAGAUUCGCGCGAUUUCACGGACACGGUUUGUGCGAGUAAAAACGUGUGUGUGUGCUUUGCUUUUCUUCGCAGUUGGAUCCUACGCAUUUUCUGGGUGGGUUACCGCAGGGAUCUUGAAGUAACUGAUUUGUACACACCGCUUAAAGAGCAUACAAGUGGUAUUCUUGGUGUUAAAAUAGCGAAGGCCUGGGAGAAAGAAUGCGAGGCGUACAGAGAUCGGCUGGAGAAGAACGCGAGGAGCGGGUCCCAGAAGAAGGUCAGGGGGCCCAGCCUGUUGAGAGUCCUCGUCAGGUGCUUCGGUUUCACGACCCUGUUGUACGGACUGUUUUUGGCCGUCAUGGAGAUCUUGCUCAGGGUGUUGCAACCGAUGUGCCUAGGUCAGCUGCUGCGCUAUUACAAUUCCACGGAGGUUGAUCUCCUCGAGGCGUAUCUCUGGGCCGUGGGCAUCAUUCUCUGCUCCGCGAUCAACGUAUUCGUCAUCCAUCCGUACAUGAUGGGGAUUCUGCAUCAAGGGAUGAAGAUCCGCGUGGCUUGCUGCUCGCUAAUCUAUCGGAAAACAUUGAAACUGACCAAGACCGCGCUGGGCGAGACGACCAUCGGCCAAGCGGUCAAUCUGCUGUCCAAUGACGUCAACAGAUUUGACGUUAGUAUCAUAUUCCUACAUUAUCUGUGGCUCGGACCCUUGGAGACCGUCAUCCUCACGUUCAUCAUGUACUACGUGCUCGAGAUCGGAGUAUCCUCCAUCAUCGGCGUCGCGUCUUUGCUGCUGUUUAUCCCAUUGCAAGCGUGGCUGGGCAAAAAGUCGUCGCAGCUGAGAUUAAAGACCGCCAUCAGGACGGACGAGAGGGUGCGAUUGACAAACGAGAUUAUCAGCGGAAUUCAAGCCAUCAAGAUGUACACCUGGGAGAAUCCAUUCAGCGCGCUCGUAGAAAAGGCAAGAAAGAAAGAAGUUAAUGUUAUUCGAUGGACAUCAUAUAUCAGAGGUGUCACAAUGUCAUUCAUCAUCUUUACCACGAGAAUGUCGUUGUUCAUCACGGUGCUGGCUUAUGUGCUGUUCGGUAAUAAAAUAACGGCCGAGAAAGUAUUCAUGAUAACCGCCUAUUACAACAUUUUACGUACAACUAUGACCGUUUUCUUCCCACAAGGAAUAACACAGGUAGCGGAAGCGAUGGUAUCCAUAAGACGGCUGCAAAAGUUUUUAAUGUAUGAUGAAGUGACAACGCCUGCGAUCGAGGCGACAAAGGUGAACAGCAAUGAGAAAGUAAAGGAGAGGAAUAAGAAAAAUAUAAUAGAGAAUAACAAGGAAAACGUAAUAGAAAAUAAUAAGGAAAGUAUGAAGGAGAAUAGCAAGGAUUAUGUGAGAGAAAAUCAGCCGAUCGAGCAUCACAUUUCCAUCGAGAACGGCAAUGCCAAGUGGCUAGACUACGAGCGAGAAGACACUCUACAAAAUAUCAAUAUAAAAGUACGUCCCGGUGAACUGAUUGCCGUCGUCGGCCAGGUCGGUGCGGGCAAAACCAGUCUGUUGAACGUCAUUCUGAAAGAAUUGCGUUUGCAGGAAGGCUCCAUUCAAGUAUGUCAUAAUUUUUUUUGUAUCAGUCUUUCCGGUGGUCAACGUGCAAGAAUAAACUUGGCGAGAGCUGUUUAUGCCGAUGCCGACAUAUAUCUUAUGGACGAUCCUUUGAGCGCCGUAGACGCCCAUGUAGGCAAGCACAUGUUUGAAGAAUGCAUCGACAAAUAUCUACGAGGCAAAACUCGAAUUCUCGUGACUCAUCAAUUGCAGUACUUGCGAAACGUCGGUAGAAUUAUCGUCCUGAAGGAUGGAGCUAUUCAGGCUGAAGGCACUUAUGACGAAUUGGGUUCCAUGGGAGUGGAUUUCGGUCAGUUGUUAGAAAAUCAACCGAAAGCGGAUGAGAAAUCUUCUCGGCCUCCUUCGGCUCCCGCUAGCCGAAGUAAUUCGCGUACUGGCAGUAUUACAUCACUGAGCUCUUUCAUGACGACCGAUGCUUCGAAACAGGAACCUGACGAAGUGGCUGAAAUGCGAUCAACGGGCAAUGUUUCCGGCAAAGUAUACUCUGGUUAUUUCCGCGCCGGCGGCAAUUGGUGCAUUAUAUUCAUAGUGGCUGUGCUUUGUAUAUUGACACAAUUAGCGGCUAGCGGCGGCGAUUUCUUUAUCGCACGAUGGGUUGACAUAGAACAAACCUACGUGAAUCAAACGGAAGAUGGUAUCGUGGAAGACCCGAAGAGUCCUCUUUCCCGCAUAACUAGUAUCUACAUCUACACGGGAUUAACCGUGUUGACGAUCGGUAUCACUCUGAUCCGAUCGUGGGCCUUCUUCUGGACGUGUAUGCGCGCCUCAAUGCGACUGCACGAUCGUAUGUUCCGAAGUAUCAGCCGUGCCACCAUGCGCUUCUUCAAUACCAAUACGUCGGGACGCGUUCUCAAUCGCUUCUCUAAGGACAUGGGCGCAGUGGACGAGAUGCUGCCUACCGCGCUCAUCGAUUGCGUCCAGAUCGGCUUGUCACUGCUCGGCAUCAUUGUCGUGGUUGCCAUCGCGAAUGUAUGGCUGCUGAUACCCACGGUACUUAUCGGCAUUGUCUUUUACUACCUGAGAGUUUUCUAUCUGACCACCAGUCGUAGCAUCAAACGUCUCGAAGGCGUCACUCGCUCGCCGGUGUUCGCUCAUCUGAGCGCGACCCUUCAAGGGCUACCGACGAUUCGUGCGUUCGGGGCGGAGGAGAUUCUCACGAGAGAAUUUGAUAAUCAUCAGGACCUUCAUUCGUCGGCAUGGUACCUUUUCAUCGCGUCCUCUCGCGCUUUCGGCUUCUGGCUGGAUAUUUUCUGCGUGCUGUACAUCGUACUGGUCACGUUGAGCUUUCUCGUGUUGAACAAUUAUAGCCCCGGCACCAUAGAGGCCGGAUACGUAGGAUUGGCGAUCACCCAGAGUAUUGGUCUCACCGGCAUGUUCCAGUGGGGUAUGCGACAGAGUGCCGAACUGGAAAACCAGAUGACCUCAGUAGAACGUGUUCUUGAGUACAGCAAAGUAGACAGCGAGCCACCCCUCGAAAGCGCCCCUGGUAAAAAGCCCAAGGCCGAGUGGCCGCCGGAAGGCAGGAUCGAGUUCAAGGGUGUGUAUCUGCGCUAUGCACCGCUAGAGCCGCCCGUACUCAAGAAUCUCAACUUCGUUAUUUAUCCGCGCGAGAAGAUCGGCAUUGUUGGCAGAACCGGCGCCGGCAAGUCGUCCCUAAUCCAGGCGCUUUUCCGUUUGGCCGAUGUGGACGGCGUGAUUGACAUUGACGGCAUUGAUACGAGUCAGAUCGGUCUGCAUGAUCUGCGCUCAAAAAUCAGCAUCAUCCCGCAAGAGCCGUUCCUAUUCUCUGGCAGCCUAAGGCGGAAUCUCGAUCCAUUCGAUUCGUACACGGACGACCCACUAUGGCGAGCUCUCGAUGAAGUCGAGCUGAAGGAAAUGGGCUUACAGGCGCACAUCCACGAAGGCGGUUCCAAUCUCAGUGUCGGCCAGCGGCAACUAGUCUGCCUGGCGCGCGCUAUCGUCAGGAACAACCCGAUACUUGUGUUGGAUGAAGCCACUGCGAAUGUAGAUCCACGAACAGACGAGCUGAUCCAGACGACGAUUAGAGAGAAAUUUGAGCAAUGUACAGUGUUAACGAUUGCUCAUCGACUCAACACUGUCAUGGACAGCGAUCGCAUCCUGGUAAUGGAUGCUGGCAGCGCGGUGGAAUUCGAUCAUCCUCACUUGCUGCUAGAAAAGGAGACGGGCUACCUGAAGAGCAUGGUACACGAGACUGGCAAUGCAAUGGCGGAAGCCCUGACCAAUAUCGCUCGCCAGAGCUACCAGAAUCGCGCAUUUUCAGCGCUCUGAUGCACCCUCGAUGUUAAUUUUUUCCAAUGGCGAAUACCAUGAUAGGUUACCGUCGAUUUUUUACGAGUGGAUCCUUAGGUAAAAUCCUAGGGAAGGAAACUCUGAAAAAAAAAAAAAA